AUUUAAGAAAAUUUCAGGGAGCCACCGACUAAAUUAUUGAAGCGAGUGAAAUGGUGUCGAAGAAGACGACGUCACUCAUCGUCAGUGGCGUGGGACUCAUUAUUUCUGUGACAGCCAUUGUUUUGGCAAGCUGGGGAUUUGAUGAGAUCGUGAACGAACAAAUUGAGAGUGAACUUCGACUGGACAUCAAAGGGAGUGAAGCUUACAAAAACUUUGAGGUGACACCUAUCGAUAUUUACAUGAAGUUCUUCAUCUUCAAUAUCACGAACUUCGAUGAAGCGGAAACUGCAGGGAAAAACUGGAAGCCCAAAGUGCAAGAAGUGGGGCCUUACACUUACGUGGAGAAAAGGUUCAAGGAGAAUAUAUCCUUCAUUAACAACAAGGAACAAGUGGAGUUUCUCCAGAUAAAGACGUUUCAUUUUGAUGCCGCCAGAAGUGGACCAAAUCUGUCUGAGGAUGACAUGUUGAUAGUUAUCAAUGCUCCAAUUCUGGGAGUUUUGGAGCUUUUGCAAUCAAUUCUGCCGUCAACGAUGUGGGGCACAAUUGCCUCAAUCAUGAGAGACGAACCCAUAAACCCAGCUUUCUUCACUGGUACAAUGAAGGAACUCAUGUUUACUGGAGCACCGUCGGUUUUCUUGACAAAACUCAUGGUUAUCUUGGAAACAUUUGGUGGCAUCUUGCCAGAAAUCCCGGAAUUCCCGGCGAACAUCAAGCCCCUGUCCACUGGUGAAACUGGGUUCGCUUUUUUCCCUAAAAAUGGUUCCGCAGAAGGCCCAUAUACUGUGCACACUGGCAAAGCUGGACUGGGCAACUACCAAGAUAUCAUAACUUUCGAGAACAAAACUCAUUUGGGUUAUUGGAAUGAUCAGCCAGAAACAACCCCAGAGAACAGUUGCAAUCGAGUCCGUGGGACUGAUGGCACAGUGUUCAAGCCCUUCAUCAAGAAGACCGACAGACUGAACAUUUUCGACACCAAUACUUGCAGAGUUCUCUACAUGGAAUACGUACAAAAAAUAAAACACAGAGGCAUCGAAGGGUACAGAUUCACUCUGCCAGAGUUCCAGCUGGCAAAUCACACAGUGAACCCAGAUAAUGUCUGCUAUUGUUAUCCGGACGACAGCAAUUGUCUGGGUGCAGGGAUCAUCAACUUGGUUUCCUGCAUGCGUGUUCCCGUUUAUUUGUCAAUGCCACACUUCUUCCAAGGAGCUGAUGAAUAUUUCCUUGCAGUCGAUGGUCUCAUGAGGGACCCAGAAAAACACACGACGUUCAUUGACGUUGAACCACUGACUGGGUUUCCUUUGAGAGCCGCCAAAAGAAUUCAAAUGAACUUCAAAGUGAGCAGCUACGAUUUGCCAAGGUUUCCAGCUAUUCUGAAAAACCUUCCAGACAACCUGAUUCUUCCGCUCUUGUGGGUCGAAGAGUACGGAGAACUGGACAAGAAAUUGGCUGACGAAUUCAAGAGCAAAAUCUCAACUCCGUUGGAAGUCAUGGAUGUCAUGCAAUGGGUUUUACUGGCAUUCGGUGUGGUUGUUUUGUUGGCUGGUGUUGGCCUGUUCAUCAAUGCUCGCAAGGUGUCUGCAAAUUAAAUGCGUUCUUGUCCUUUUUAUCAUGUCUGAUGCACUUGGAAAAUCCGGAACAACUUUCACUGUUUUUUAUUGUGGAAUUUGCCUAUACUGUCACUUAUCAUGGUGAAUGUGAUGCUCGCAGUUUAGUACAAGAAUGGUUGAAAACAAUUGAUGUCUGUUAAUGCGGCUCGAAAUCAGAUAAAUUCAACAUACUGU